AUGGACUAUUCGGAGCAAACCUACGAUUUCGGCGCUGGUGCAGACGAGCCACAGCCGCAGCCGCAGCCCAGGGGCAAACCAGCAGAGUGCAACAUCUGUCGCGAUGUUGUGUACCCAACCUACAAGGAGCCUGAAAUCUUGGACAAGAUUCGUGGGAGAAAGCCACGCAAAGUCUACGAAAAUGAGGAAGGGCGCUUGAUAUGUCCCUGCAAGUGCUCCGGCAGUAUCAAAUGGAUCCAUGAGUCCUGCCUACAGGAGUGGCGAUACUCGCAGGCCGGUACUGAAAAUCAAUGGAGAUGUAGUCGAUGUGGCUACAGAUACCAAUUCGAGCGCAUGGACUGGGCCCGGAGAUUACGAAGUCCGAUCCUCGCCUUUCUUCUUGCUGUCCUCAUUGUUAUCACCACGAUAUUCCUUCUGGGCUUUGUGGGCGACCGGAUUCUGGACUUGUGGCUCGACCCUGUCGGAACCGUCUACGAGGCACUCGGAGGUGAAUCUGACGAGUGGGAUCUGGACGUCGACCUCGGGGGAGGACUAGGCAUUCCCAUUCGUGAUAUCGACGAAGGAAGCUGGUCUUUUCAUUUUCUAAAAGGCUUAUUUUCUCUCGGCUUGGUGGGUUUUGUCAAAGCAUUCCUUGCCAUGAGCCCCUUUCAAUGGUGGAACUUGCGACAGGCUGGUGUGGUUGGUGGUGGUGCUCGCCGCCGUGGUACUGGCCGAGAUCGACUCGAGGAUGUCAACCUCAUGUUGGUCUUGAUCGGAGCCAUUACAUUCUUCUGGGCCGUCUGGAAAGGGACACGUCGAUGGACACAGAAUGCUCUAGACAAGGCGAGCGAAAGAAUAGUCAACGCACAGCCUGUUGACGAUGACGAUGAUGACGAGGAUAACAAUGACAACGAUGAGCGUCGAGAUGACUUCAAGGCUGAAGAAGCCACAGAUCCGUCAAUGGAUGAACUGCAUGAGGACUUCAUCAAGACUGAAGAUUUACCAUCCGAAUCUCAUCUUAGACAAAGAAUCUGA